AGGUUUGAAGAACAGAUCAACUGCUCUCUGCUUCUAACUCCUCAAAACCCCAAAAAUUCCCAAUUAAAUUUUAAAAACCUUACCAAAAUCGAAUAUUUACAUUAAAGUUCCUGAGAUUCUCUGGAAUUGGAAUUUGAGGGAAAUUAAACAAAGACGUAAGCUUUUUCGUUCUAUAAGUUUUUUUCCUUUUUCUUUAUUUGAUCUUCUCUGUAAAUGAACUAAUCGUUCAUGGCUGACAUGUUUCAGCAGCCAUGGCCGUUUUCUCCACAACUCACCCUCAUUUUCUUCUUCUUCUGCGUCGUCUUUUUACCUUUUCGUUCCUUUUCACAAUCCGAUUCUCCUCAAAACAUCGAAACUUUCUUCCCAAUCAACGAGCUCUCCCCUGUUCCUCCACCGCGUGUCCCGCCGGUGACAAACCCAUCUCCGCCGUCGAAUGAUUCAUCUUCCUCGGAGAGAAGAAGGGUCACGAAAGCUGUGCUUAUAACGGCAGCAAGUACAAUAGUUGUCGCAGCAGUGUUCUUCUUCUUCCUCCAGAAAUGCGUCAUCGCGAGGCGGCGACGGAGAGAAAACAGAGUCGGCGUCGAGAACACUUUAUAUCGGAUUCCUCCUCCUCCUCCGGCGACGACGGAGACGGCUAUUUUGGCUCGAGAAGGUUUCACGCGGUUUGGAGGUAACGUGAAAGGUCUGAUCCUUGACGAGAACGGCCUCGAUGUGCUGUAUUGGAGAAAUCUGCAGAGCCAGAGGCAGAGAAAAAGUGGAAGUUUCCGAAAGGAGAUCAUCGUCGGAGAAGACGGUGGUAGUCAAGAGAAAGAAGUGAUUUAUUACAAAAACAAGAAGAAAUCGGAGCCCAUAACAGAGAUUCCUCUUCUACGAGGAAGAUCAUCGACCUCUCACAGUGUAAUCCACAACGAUUCCUUUGAAUCCGAUACUAAAUCUCAGCCGCCUCCACCACCACCGCCACCGCCACCGCCACCACCACCUCCGCCAGUUCCGGUGAAAUUGAGUGCAGCAGCUCCUCCUCCUCCGCCGCCUAAGAAGGGUCCUUCACCACCGCCUCCACCGUUGAAAAAGGCGGCGGCUUUAUCAUCAUCGACGUCGAGACCACCGCCUGCGCCGAGAGGAUCAAGUGGAAACGGUCAGGUGAAGCUAAAGCCUCUACAUUGGGAUAAAGUAAACCCAGAUUCUGAUCAUUCCAUGGUUUGGGACAAAAUCGAUCGUGGCUCAUUCAGCUUUGACGGCGAACUUAUGGAAGCUCUCUUCGGAUACGUCGCUGUCGGGAAGAAAUCUCCAGACCACGGCGACGAUAAAAACCCUAAAUCAACCUCGCCGACGCAAAUCUUUAUCCUCGAUCCGAGAAAAUCACAGAACACAGCGAUCGUGAUCAAAUCCCUAGGCAUGACACGCGAAGAGCUUGUGGAAGCACUCAUUGAAGGACACGAUUUCGUGCCUGACACACUCGAGAGGCUAGCGAGAAUAGCUCCGACGAAAGAAGAACAAUUAGCGAUUCUCGAAUUCGACGGUGACACCGCAAAACUCGCCGACGCCGAAUCGUUUCUAUUUCACCUCCUCAAAGCAGUGCCAACCGCGUUCACACGGCUAAACGCGUUUCUCUUCAGGGCAAAUUACUAUCCUGAGAUCGCUCACCACAGCAAAUCUCUCCAAACGCUGGAUUCAGCGUGCAAAGAGCUUAGAUCUCGCGGUUUGUUCGUGAAGCUUCUGGAGGCGAUUCUCAAAGCUGGUAAUAGAAUGAACGCAGGAACCGCGAGAGGAAACGCACAGGCGUUUAAUCUAACCGCGCUUUUGAAACUCUCGGACGUUAAAAGCGUUGAUGGGAAGACGACUCUGCUUAACUUUGUGGUGGAGGAAGUGGUUAGGUCGGAAGGAAAACGCUGCGUUUUGAACAGAAGAAGCAAUAGCUUAACACGAAGCAGCAGUAACAACAAUGGAGGUAGUAACAACACUCCUCAAGCCAUGUCUACAGAAGAGCAAGAGAAAGAGUUCUUGAAGCUUGGUUUACCAGUUGUUGGAGGAUUAAGCUCUGAGUUUUCAAAUGUGAAGAAAGCUGCUUGUGUAGACUACGACACGGUUGUUGCAACUUGCUCGGCUCUUGCUGCUAGAGCAAAAGACGCGAGAGUUGUGAUCGCAGAGUGUGAAGUAGGAGGAGGAGAAGAAGGAGGGAGGUUUGUGAAGAAGAUGAUGGCGUUUCUUGAUUCAGUAGAAGAAGAAGUGAAAAUGGCGAGAGAAGAAGAGAGGAAAGUAAUGGAGCUUGUGAAGCGGACAACAGAGUAUUAUCAAGCAGGAGGUAUUGUGAAGGGAAAGAAUCCUCUUCAUCUUUUUGUUAUUGUGAGAGAUUUUCUCGCCAUGGUUGAUAAAGUAUGCUUAGAUAUUAUGAGGAACCUGCAGAGGAGGAAGAUAGUGAGUUCGGGGUCGCCUUCUUCGCAGAGAACUACUGUGAAAUUCCCGGUUUUGCCUCCUAAUUUCAUGUCGGACAGAACUAGGAGUGAUUCAGGUGGAUCGGAUUCUGAUUUCUGAUAUGUGAGAUAGUCAAGAUUUUGUUAUUUGUAGAUAGUAGAAUCAUUGCGUAUUGAUUUUUUGUUGAAAUGUUGAUAGUAUGAUAAAGAAUUUUGGUUUAUGACGUUUCCAUGUUUAUGAACACGUCUUCUUUAA